CCUGUUUCAUAUCACAAAACAGAUCGUGAAAGCAACCGAUCCAUAAAUGAAACGCCAUCCAAUACAGAGAGGCAAAUGCUGAGAUGCAGGGGCCGGAAGGAAAGAGGGAGGAACAGAAGAGAUGAAGCCCGCUGAGGGUCAGAGGGGGUUUCCACUUGAAAAGCGUCAGGAGUUGGGUGACACAAAGAAGGGGCAGAUCACUUCUCUGAAAGGAAGAACCGAGAGAACAGGAUGACAGCAGAGUAAAGAAAAAUCUGUGUUACCAGAGCAGACAGGAAAAAAUGAAAGAGUGGACUGUUUACUUAAGACUAAGAUGAUAGGUUUAUUGGCAGGUGUAUGAACAUCGGUAGUGGAAACAGACAAACCAUUUUCUAGAGGACUUUAAAACGUUUUAAAAAUAAGAGAUUGACAAGAAACAACCUCAAAAUUUCUCAGAUCAGCGAGAAGAUUAUCCUCAAAUGGAAUAGAGAUGGCUGAUAAGAAAAAGUGCAAACUUGAGGAAUAUCGUUUUGAGGAUCGGUGUUGUAACCGUUGCCCAAAAGGCCAGCAUGUUGUCACAGACUGCACACCGUCUAAACCGACCACGUGUAAAAUAUGCCAACUCAAUCAGUAUAUCAAUGACUGGAACUUCUCACAUCAGUGUUUUUCCUGUCGAAACCUUUGCUCUUCCAAUAACCACAUGAAGACGACCACUGAGUGUCACCCUGAGCAGGACAGACAGUGUGAGUGCGUGUCUGGUUACUAUUUCUUAGACAAAGACAAGGAGCACUGCAGCCCUGUGACCAAGUGCAACCCAGGUUCUGGGGUCAAAGUUCACGCUACCACCCUAAAUGACACCGUCUGUGCCCCAUGUCUGCCUGGGACCUUCAGCCCCAAGAAGGAUCUUUUUCCCUGCAGACCCCACACCAAUUGUGAGAAACAAGGACGGGAGUUGAAAUCUGAAGGAACUGAUACCAGUGAUGCUGUGUGCGGUCCCGUCAUACCAAGGUGUUCCUGGAUGUUACCUGCUGGCCUUUGGGCAGGGGUGGUGGUGACGUCGAUCUUCAUCAUUCUGUUCUGCGUUAUCUAUUGGAAGAUGAAGCGCCAAUCCUACCAUACAGUCUCCAGCCCCUGUCGCUUGACUGUGGAGCCAGUGGUCAUCACAGAGCCUCCGUACCCAUGCCCAGAGUUAGGUAAACACUGCCAGGAGACCUGUGAUGGAGAGAAAAGGCUGAAGCCAGUUUUUGUCAACUCAGGUGAGACCGUGAACUCCCACCUCCUGUUCCCCUCAGGGAACUCUCUGGUGCUGAAUGCCUACCAUCAACAUUGUAACAUAGAAAACGAUGGCCCUUCAAGGACACCAUUGAUGGAUCAAUCGGGCCAAUCGGUGAAUGACGUGAAUGGACAUUCCACGAUUUCCUUAGUCAGGAUGACAUCAGAACCACAGGAGGAUGAAUGGGGCGGGACAUAGAUUUAGAUUCAACUUUCACUAACGCUCCUGGUAUUGACAUUGUCCCUAAACAAGCUGAUAACAUGAAACCCUGAACAGACACAUGGACUGUAAGACAUUGUUAUGUUGUCUAUCACCCCCUGUUGGCAAGAUAAAAGUUGCACAAAGUACUCUAUUUAUAGUUACUCUUAAGUAUUUAUUUAAUUGAUGGCAACUUCUUACGAGUGGUUGUUCAUCUAUAGGAAGACAACAGCUUUUUGCCAAAUCUUGUAUUGCGGCAACUUAUUGCAACUGAAACUUGCGCAAUAUUUAUUGUGAGAAAAUGAUGCACUGUUAGUGAAAAUGAGUGUACAAUCAAAUAGAAAAAUAACCAACUUAGAAAACUAUAGCUGUUUUCUAGCAUCGAGCAAGAUAUGGUUUAUUUCAAUGUACAGCUGGUACACUUACAGUACAACAAGAAGACAUUCACCAUUGGAACCAUUAUAGUGCAAUAGCAGUACAUGCAUUGGUAAUGUUUACACAUUGCAUUCUGCUUUGUACCCAUCGCUCUCAAUCUGUUACAUAAACGUGCAAUAUUCUGAGUAAGUAACUAACUUUACAUACGUGAAAUAACAUGUCAAGAAAAGUACCGUUUUUGAUACACAAGAUUUUAACUCAUAGGUCUUCAAUUUAGUGUAAUUCUGUCCAAGUUAUGUUUGAAAAUGAUUAUAUUAAAAAACUAUGGCACUUA